GGUUAGACUCUAUGACCUUCUGAGGUCCCUUCCGACCCUAAUUUUCUAUAAUUCUAAGUUGCACAGGCCAGGAAGACAAUUGCAAAAGGAUCUGUUGUGUGGUGGAAGGACUGAGGUGCCUCCUGGCCUAGUUUUUCUCUGGAGAAAUGACAGAAAUGUGCUGUUUACAGGAGGAGAGGGACUGGGGGAAAGCAGGAAAUAAACAUGCCAAACCUUGUGCCUGAGGACUAUUUCUAACACUUCCACUGCCUCCCUAUGACUCGGAUAAGUGCAGCUGAUUUGCUUCUCUCCACUGGCCAGGAGGCAAGUCAGGACAAGCUAGGAAAGCUUGUUGUCCCCAUGCAAAGUAAGAAACUGGUCACUUGCCUCUAGCCCUCAGGAGAGAGCAGAGUCUUUUAGCAAGUCUCAUUCCUGCCAGAACAAAACCUAUUCAAGGAUUUCAAGCUUAGUGACAGCAGAGCUGGGGCGGCAGAUGCUAAACUCUCCAGUUCACUGAAGUAGUUAUCCCCUGCGUGGUUACUGCGCCGGCAAAGAACUGCACAUUAGUUACUACUGAUUCUUUUUCUGCCCUUUGUGCAAAGGUGAGGCAUUUGGAUUUGUACAGUAGGAUUAUCUCCUUGUGUGCCAGUAGUGCACUGGGGGCAUUAACACUGCUCUGUGUUACCAGAAAUGUUCUGAGUAACCCAGUGCAGCCAGCUGGGUUCAAAUAGAUAGAAACUUUGGUAUUUCUAUCAGGGUGAUCCCAGAGCAGCACAGAUUUGGGGGGAGCGGGGGGGCUCCUGGCAGUAGAUUUAAGUUUCUAUGAUUGUGUUGAUUGUGGUACAAAAGAAACCUGUCUUACUGUCCUUGUGAUAUGAAAGAAACCUAUCCUAUUCUCUUGGCCACUUAAAAGUAGCCUUGGUACAGUGUGUACCUUCAUAAGACCAUUGUGAAUGCUCAUGGUUGACCUUGAUCCCAAGUUAUCCCAAAACUAUAUACAAGUGGGCAACAAUGUUGACUGAGGGAGCAGUUGGGUGGCAACUAUAAACAAGCUAUAAAAACCUAUCAAUGGAGGAAGGUGGUGCCCAAAUAGAACUUUCCCAAUUGAUACCGAUGCCCUGUAUAACUUCACUUUCUUCCCUUGGCACUUUGCAGCAUACCUGUCUCAAAAUACCAUGGCACGACGCACACGUAACAGCAGAGCCUGGCACUUUGUCCUGAGUGGGGUACGCCGUGAUACAGACAGCCGGGCAGUAGCUUUGGCCACUGGCACACGUGGCUGGGGCUACGAUUCUGACGGGCAGCACAGUGACUCUGACUCAGAGCCAGAGUUUCCUUCCCUCUCACCAUCCAUCCCUAGCGCCAUCCCUGUGACAGGAGAGUCCUACUGCAACUGUGAGAACCAAAAUGAGACUCCAUACUGCUCCAGCCUGCAUGCCAUCCACCACGUCAAGGACUGCCAGUGUGGCGAAGAGGAUGAAUACUUUGACUGGGUAUGGGAUGACCUGAACAAAUCAACAGCAACCCUGCUGACCUGUGACAACCGCAAGGUGAACUUCCACAUGGAGUAUAGCUGUGGCACUGCUGCUAUCCGUGGGAACAAGGAGCUGGCAGAAGGACAGCACUUCUGGGAGAUCAAAAUGACCUCUCCUGUCUAUGGCACUGACAUGAUGGUGGGAAUCGGAACUUCAGAUGUCAAUCUGGACAAGUACCACCACACAUUCUGUAGCCUGCUGGGCAAGGAUGAGGACAGCUGGGGGCUCUCAUACACAGGGCUUCUCCACCACAAGGGAGACAAAAUGAACUUCUCAUCACGGUUUGGCCAAGGCUCCAUUAUUGGGGUUCAUCUUGAUACAUGGCAUGGAACACUCACCUUCUUCAAAAACAGAAAAUGUAUAGGAGUUGCAGCUACCAAACUUCAGAACAAGAAGUUCUACCCGAUGGUAUGCUCCACUGCAGCCAAAAGCAGCAUGAAGGUGAUUCGCUCGUGUGCCAGCUGCACAUCCCUUCAGUACCUCUGCUGUUACCGCCUCCGCCAGCUGUUGCCUAACUACAUGGAUACAUUGGAGGUGCUUCCAUUGCCACCAGGACUCAAGCAAGUUCUACACAACAAGCUGGGCUGGGUCCUGAGUAUGAACUAUAGCACAUUGAAGCCCUCCUCCUCUUCAUCAGGAAGCGACUCAGAUAGCUCCUGUAGCUCAGAUGCAGAGGCAUGCCAGAGGAAGAGGUGCAGGAGGACAUAACUUAUUUCCUAAUAAACUGCUUUAUGGGACUUUGGGUGGGGUUUUGUUUUACUCUCUCCAUGGCAAUCCAGGCCAAGCAUCUCCCUCUUUAUGGGACAUAAACUUCUACUCAAGUUUGCAAAGAUAGAAGCAUCAACCACUUGCAUUGAAAAUAUCUAGCAACUCAGAGAGCAACUCCUUUGAAACAGACAGCCCAGACAAUCCACAGAAAAAUGUUCUAACUUAAUCUACUUGCCACCGAAGUGACUAACACUUUUCGGGGGAGUACACUUGUUUGGCAGACAAGUUUUCAAACUGGCUUCGUGAUUUCAAAGUAUACUUCUCUUCUAGCAAACUAUAAUCAAAUAACCUACUUGAUUCCCAUCAAAAGACAAAAUUUGUUACCAGUCCACCUUUCUAGCUGCUGUAUGCUGGUCCAGUACCUGCAAUGAGUGCACUGCAAUGUUGGGACCUGAUCAAAACAGCAGUGUUUAGAGAAAGAAGUUCCUAAAAAUGCAUCUACAAUGCAUUACCGUUGGUAACUGAGAGCAAGUACUUGUAAAUUGAGCUGUAAGGGAUCUCAUUUGAGCUCUGUGAUGACUUUAAUUGCUUUGCAUGUUGGCUACUGCUGCUUCUCCUAUAUCAGACUGUAUUAAAUUGUAAUAAAAAUAUCAACUAUUCUUAAUUUUUCUAGCUUCCCAUGAAGGUAUUCUUGAUAUCAGGCUUAUAUCCUGACUAUUCUGACUAAUAGAUUAGAAUUACUUAGAAUUCUAUUAAAUUCCAUGCCUCAGAGUUUUUACCAAUUGGGAUGAGAUCUUGGGGUAUAAAUUACUGCCACAUUCACCUAGCACAAGGUUUCUGUAUCUUUUGAGCAUGUGAUGCUGGCCACUACCAAUCAAAAUCCUAGACUAGAGAGACCCAUGUGGCCACACUGAGACUAGUUUUGAAAGGUGGUGUGGGAAGUAGGGGUUUCUUUCUGCUUGUGAAUCAAAGUCAUAAUAAAAAAGGCUCAAUGUUUA